CUCGCUCGGCGAAGUCCGUGUGGAGACUUUGCCGGAGUGAGUUGGAGCACGUUCCGUGGAGUUUUGGUGUGUUCAUGUCCCAGGGUGGUGGUGUACCGUUAUACCUGGCUGGCUGCUCCCUCCGCCUAGCGGUGCACGGGGCGGCCUGACUGAGUGGACCGUUAUCCGUCAGUUAGAACAACCCGAGGAGCGCUUCACGGUCGGGUGUGUUUUCUUUUACUUUCCGCCACUUUUUCUCUCUUUGUUUCGGUACUUUUCUACCACUUUCCCACCCAACGGCAACACUUGGCGGCAGGUUGCGGGGCUUUCACAUAACAACGUGGCCCGUUGAGCGCAGUUCGUAGUUGUUGGUGUGUGAUGUUUUUCAGGGCGAGGUUGUUGCGGGGUUAGUUUCGUGCUAACUUGCUGCUCACUCGGGCCCGGGCGGUGCAGUUUGUACGGAAUAAUUUAACUUUAUCUGUUGUGUGUCGGUGGCCGGAUGGGAAACCGUGCUGUUGUGGUGAAUGCAUGGGAUCUUUUUUUAUUAUUUUUUUGCAUGGGCUUUGGUCGACUUCAGUCAGCGCAGCUCCGGUGAUGGCUAAGAGAUGGGAUGUUUAUUUUAUGUCCGCUUCACCCCUCCCUGCUACAAUUGCAGCACCACAUGUUCCCGUAGUUAAGUGACAAACUUCAACAAUGGCUUGGAGGCCAGUUCAGACUCGGAUGACGAGGACAAGCUACACAUUGUGGAGGAGGACAGCCUGCAGGAGCCCGAGGCCGCCAACGCAGAGGGGACUAUGGCGAAGGACAGCCAUGAUGCCGCCACGACAGUAUUACCCCACAAUGGCUCCAUGAAUGGAGUGAAAGAAGAGUGUGUGUCAGAAGAGGAGGAAGAGGAGGAGGAGGUGAAGGAUACACUGGUGGAGGAGAUUCUCCAGCAGGGAGACACAGCCAUCAUCUAUCCUGAAGCUCCUGAGGAUGAGCAAAGUCCAGCAGAGACAGGAGGCGCUGACGAAAACGGCACACCAGAUUCCUUCUCCCAGCUGCACACUUGCCCCUACUGCUCCCGGGGAUACAAGCGAAACGCCUCGCUGAAGGAGCACAUCAAGUAUCGGCACGAGACCAGCGAGGACAACUACAGUUGCUCGCACUGCAGCUACACCUUCACCUACCGCUCGCAGCUUGAGAGGCACAUGAGCCACCACAGGGGCUCCAGGGACCAGCGUCACGUUUCCCAGUCGACAGGAGGAUUAGGAGGAACAGGUGGAACCCGCAAGUUCAAGUGUACCGAAUGUUCCAAGGCCUUCAAAUACAAGCACCACCUGAAGGAACACCUGCGCAUUCACAGCGGUGAGAAACCGUACGAAUGCUCAAACUGCAAGAAGCGAUUCUCCCACUCAGGUUCCUACAGCUCCCACAUCAGCAGUAAGAAGUGUGUGGGUGCAGCACCCCCUAACGGCAUCCCUCGAAUCAAAUCCCCCCCACCCACCACGCAGACCUCACCGGUCGUAAUUGCUCCGGCCCGUGGGAUUCUUAAAGAGAAAACUGAAAGCAAACCCCUCCAGGAGCAGCUCCCCGUCACCCAGAUCAAAUCAGAACCUGUGGAAUACGAGUGCAAGACGAUGGCGGCAGCACCAGCAACUUCAGCCGGUACCAAUGGAGUGGUGAACGGAGGGACAGCGCAGCCAGCUGUGGUUCCUGCUGCAACCCUGCCUCAGGGCGUGGCUAUGGUCGUACCGACAGUCGGACUCAUGUCACCUAUAAGCAUCAAUCUGAAUGACUUGCAAAAUGUGCUCAAAGUGGCGAUGGACGGAAACGUGCUCAGGCAGGUGCUAGGUACGGCUAACGGGGUGGUGGCGCAGGGGAAGCAGGGAAUCGUAGUCCAGCAGCCCCAGCAGCAGAUCAUCAGCCUGCCGGCUUUUGUGGAUCACGACGGUACCACAAAGAUCAUCAUCAACUACAGCAUCAGCCCUGCAGCCGCCACCACUGCCACUACCCAGCCUGCAUCGCUUGUUGCCAAAAACAACCCCCCUCCCACUGUCACCACUGCUGCAGCCCCCACCCCCUCCAAAACAGACAAAUCCCCAACCCCAGAGGUGACAGACCUCUCCAUCGUAAAGACAGAGCCAGAGUCAGUGCCCAUCAUGGAGACGGAGGCGGGCACACAGCCAGAAAUGAAAACUGAUAAGACAGACACUCACACAGCUCCAAUGCCAAAAGUCAGCAGCAUUAGUACAUGUUUACUAUGCGACGACUGUCCCGACAACCUGGAGGCGCUACACCUCCUCCAGCACCGCAAAGCAGCCAACGGGGAGGCUGUCGACUCUGCAGCUUUGGACCCCUCGUUCGCCGCUCUGCUGAGCGAAGCGGGCGUGACGCUGGAGGAGCCGCCAGUGGACGACCUCGUCUCGCUCCUCAAGACCUACUUCACCUCCAAUGCCAACCCCAGCGAAAAGGAGCUGUCCAAGAUAUCUGAGUCUGUCAGUAUUCCCGUGGAUGUGAUCAGAAAAUGGUUCGCCAAGAUGAACUCUGGGAAAAACGUGGGCCACAAUAAAACUAUAGCGGUUUCCAAAAAGACUGUGACCACAAAUCCCGCCUCAGAGGAUGCCUCAAAUCUGAACGGAGAGACAGAGGAAGACAGUGGCCACGAAACCUCCAACAAAGCCUCAUCAGAAUCUGGCAGCGCUUCUCCCUCAGACUCUUCACCACUAAGCCUCAACACCGGGGACCUCGUCAUCAUCAAGAGGGAGCCGGAGGACCCGGAGGACCCGGAGGACCCGGACUCCCAGGCAGAGCCACUCGAUCUCUCCCUUCCUAAACAAAUCGCAGCAGCAUUGGAAACUAAAACAGCGACACCCUCCACAAAGCAGCAGGAACAGCCCCUGAACCUGACCUGCCUGAGGAAGGAGCAGCUGGGGGGUCGAACCAUCUACGUCACCACACCACAGACGGGAAGAGCGGUCAACAUCGUGACUGCCGCACAGUUGCCCACGUUAGUGGCCAUCGCCGGUCAGAGCACGGUGAACUGUCUCGGCACCAUCAAUACCGCGACAAAACGCACCAUCCUCAUCCCCCAGCUCACCUACACCUAUGCCACCCAGGCCGGCAACGCUGCUGGAGCAAAGACUGUUGUACUCAACGGCCAUAAGCAGAAGAAGCCGGACAGCAGCUCUGAAAGUGUUUCCACGGUGGAGGAGCAGAAUGAUUCAGAUGCAGCCUCACUGAUGAAGAAGCGACGGCUGGAAAAUGGCGUGUACCCCUGUGAUCUCUGCUCCAAAGUCUUCCAGAAGGGCAGCUCCCUGCUCAGGCACAAAUAUGAACACACAGGAAAACGGCCCCACGAGUGCAACAUCUGUAAGAAGGCCUUCAAACACAAACACCACCUGAUCGAACACUCAAGGCUGCACUCCGGUGAGAAACCCUACCAGUGUGAUAAAUGCGGGAAGCGUUUCUCUCACUCUGGCUCGUACUCCCAGCACAUGAACCACCGCUACUCCUACUGCAAGAAGGACGGGCCAAACCCUGGACCCGGCUCAGGUUCAGGGCCACGCAGGGCUCAGUCGGAGCUCAGCAGCCCCAGCGCCGGACCGCAGUCGGACAGUCGGACCACGACGCCGCCCUCCCAACUGGACUCAGAUGAGAGGGAGAGCGAGGAGGACGACGACGACGAGGCCAUUUGUAUGGAUGACAUCCGUGUUGUGCAGGUGGACGACGGAGAGUGCGAGAUAUACGAGGGAAACUUCGAUGACACCGACGAUGAGGACGGAGAGGACAUGGUUGAGGAAGAGAUGACACAAGAGGAAGAGGCGGAUAAAGAGAAGGAGGACGGGGAGUUUGCUUGUGAUGUGAUGGAGAUCGAGUUGGGCGACGAUCACAUAGUGGACGAAGAGAUGGAGGAAAAGGAGGAAGAGGCAAGUGCAGAUACAGAGGAAAUGGCAGACUGUGAAGCAGAUACGGACAAAAGCAACAGGGAGGAAUCAGAAAGUGCUGAACCCACAGAGGAGGACAGUGCUGAACCCACAGAGGAGGACAGUGCUGAACCCACAGAGGAGGACAGUGCUGAACCCACAGAGGAGGACAGUGCUGAACCCAAAGGGGAGGACAGUGCUGAACCCACAGAGGAGGACAGUGCUGAACCCACAGAGGAGGACAGUGCUGAACCCAAAGGGGAGGACAGUGCUGAACCCUUAGAGGAGGACAGUGCUGAACCCAAAGGGGAGGACAGUGCUGAACCCUUAGAGGAGGACAGUGCCGAACCCAAAGGGGAGGACAGCACCAAACCCACAGAGGAGGACAGUGCCGAACCCACAGAGGAGGACAGUGCCGAACCCUUAGAGGAGGACAGUGCUGAACCCAAAGGGGAGGACAGUGCUGAACCCUUAGAGGAGGACAGUGCCGAACCCAAAGGGGAGGACAGCACCAAACCCACAGAGGAGGACAGUGCCGAACCCACAGAGGAGGACAGUGCUGAACCCACAGAGGAGGACAGUGCUGAACCCAAAGGGGAGGACAGUGCUGAACCCACAGAGGAGGACAGUGCUGAACCCAAAGGCGAGGACAAUGUAGAACCCACAGAGGAGGACAGCGCCGAACCCACAGAGGAAGUGGUGACAAACGCCAAAUAAAAAAAGGAAAAUCACUCCCAGACAGUUCUAACGUAUCGCUCAUCAAAGUUGAGUUGGUUAAGACAAAACCGCAGAAAAGUCAAUAAAGUCACGGCGGUUGCCUGAUCUUAACGGUCCACUACUGUGUACAAAAACCCAGGUGUGCCUGAACUUGAAAAAAAGAAAAAAGAAAAACAAAACAGUGACUUUUUUUUCUUGUGGACAUGAAAUAUCAGUGUUAAAAAUUGUUUAUAGAAGUACAGAUUUUAAAGCAGAACUCACCCAUCAACUUGUUAGACUUGUUACUGAGACAUCCCAGGUUGUUUUCUUGCUUCCUUUCAUUUGGUCAGUGUUACUAAUUUUGUUCUUGUUUGAAAACAUUUUAACCUGUAAAGACAAGAAAGAUUUCUAUACCUUUUUAUUGCCAAUGAAGUUUCCUAAAUCAGUAUUUUAUUGAGUUCUACGAACAAAAACCUCUGCACUACAGUAUUCCUGGUUUACCUAUGGAUACAUGCCUCAUGCAUUGUAUGCCCUUCAGUGUUAUAUACGUACACUAGCUAGCGAGAUGUUGUCUGUGUUAGUGUUAGUCUUUGCUAGCUAGCAUUACUUUUGUUUUCAGUUUGACUGUUAGCCUUAAGGAAAACAAAGUAUUCUUGGGGAGGGCUGUGGGCGGGAUGGGGAGUCCGGGAUGAGAUCGUGGCUUCUGAACGCCAUAACCAAAUUUGUCCUAUCAGGGAAGGUAGAGUCACAACCUCAAAGCCAGCAUCAGGCACCCGUGUUUCGCAACCCGGCGCGGAGCCUCCGGGUGACGAUUCAUGAAGCAGACGCCACCCGGCUCGGCUCAGCUGCGGUUCCGCAACGUGGGCGCCCAUUCUUACCAAGCUUUUCCUUAUUUUGGUCGACCUUAGUUCUGAGUCAGUGUUUCAGUGUUAUUAGCUUGUAUAUGAAGUCAAACUGUACGUGAAGGAGCAGGGCUGUUUCCUGCUCCACCCCGAUGCCUCCAGCCUUAUGCAAGACCUGUGUGCUGUUAAAAGUGCCAUUGAACAGUGUUAUCAUUUCUUCUUCACACAUGUAGCCAGUAUUAUGUCCUUCUGUUUCUUACACGAGACCCAUAUUGACUAAUGUUUGUCGACCUGCUCAGAACAGCAGAUUGGUCACAAGUAACUGAGAGAUUGAAACUUCCUGUGAAAUUAAUUUAGAGUAUUUUAGAGGCCUUUAAAAGUAUUUGCACCAGACAUACAAGCUGGGAAACACAGUAUUACUACUAACACUUAUUUUUAUUGUUGAUUAAUCUGACAAUUUUUAUUUUUUUUUUACAAAUUGUUUAUUGAUGGAAAAUAGUGAAAAAUGCCCGUUAUUAUCUCGCCUUCAUGUCUGUUUUUACAGAAACAGCAUUCUGAAACUCAAGUAUAUUUGGUUUAUGAUCAUAUAAAGUAGAAAUAAAUUAGCAAAUCAUCAUAUAUGACAGGCUGGAAGAAGGAUUUUGGCAUUUUUACUUGACAAUGCAGCUCUUCACGGUCUACUUUUAAAGGAAAAGUUCACCCAAAUUGAAGAUUCUGUCAUAUUUUACUUAUCCUCAUUCCAGUGGACGGUCAAGUGAGGUUUCAUAGUCCACGAAACAUUUCUGGAGCUUCACAGCAAAACAGCAUUGGAGCAUUCUCCAAACAGUGGAAGUAGAAAAACAUAAAAAACACAAAAUGUCUCCAUACAGCUUGUCCAGCAUAAUGCAAUUCUCCAAAAGCCCAAAGAUCCCAAUAUGGUUUGAAAAGACGUCAUUUAGCCCCCUGUAGCAGCUGACCUGAAAGUGUUGGCAUGCACCCCGUCUAAAGUGGGUUCACAAGCUGUGGACUGUGUCGAUGGUGAAAAUAAUUAUCUUCCAAUCAAUUUUUGAACUUGAGGCUCCUGGAGACUUUGAUUACGCAGAGCAAGCUGUAUGGAGUCAUUUUAUGUUCCUUAGAUUUUUGCUUUUACAUUUUAAAACAAGUCCCCAUCUACAUCAGUUGUUAAAGAGAACACUGCGAUGCUGUUUCGCUGUGAAGCUUCAGAAAUGUUUGUGGACGACAAAACUUCACCUGACUGUCCAUCAGCUUUGAGGAGAUAAUUACUGAAUGUUCCUUUUUGGCUGAACUGUUUCUUUAAUACCUGAUUAGAAAUGUGUGCAAAUCAUGAGAAUUACAGUCUACACUGAGCUAACCUGUGGAUAUUAAAUGCCUUGUAAACUUGAGAUGAUCAGUUUCCCGCUGAUGUUAAAAAGUUUAAAAUUGUGAGUUCAAAUGUUGUUGACUUUAUGUCACAAGUUGAAGUAUAAGUGUUUACAUAAGUGCUUAGAAACAGAGAAUGUUCCACUAAGGCGGACUGAAAUAUUCCGAACACCAACCUUGUAUGCAAAAGUAUUUUAAAAAAUUAACAUUUAUUUGAAUAAAAAGUAACGAUAGAAGGAUUUUACAGUACAAUUAUACAAUUUGUCAGACUUGUGCACUUGUUUUCAACGAGUAGAAAGAAAAAGGAAAAAACUGUGGCAAGCUGUCCCGCACUUCAGGUAACAAACGUUAGUGAAUGUGGUCUCUGUUGAAGUGUUUUCAGUUGGUUUUACCGAACAGUGUUUAUAAUAUUAGUCUGUUUUAAUUUUUUUUGUUUUAUUUGUGUCCUCUGUUUGUUUGUUUUUUCUUUUUUUUCAACAAUGGCAGUAUUAGAACCCUUUUCACAGAUUAAACAAAACUGUACCUGUUUAGUUUUUAGAAGACUUUUUUAUAUUUAUGUGUCUUAUUUUUAUAUUUUCUUUUAUGGUUAUUUAUUACACAUUGUAGUGUACAUUACUGUAGUUUGAAUUGAUACAAUAAUAUAUUUUAGUAUGAAAAAUAAUCUCAAGACAAACAAAAAAAAACAACCCAAAAUGUGGUUCUGGGAGCUGAAGUUUGUUUUAACAAAAAACAAAAAAACAUAAAAAGACAAAACAUGUAUUCUGUAAACAUGACUUCUGUUUUAAGCUAAAAAAGAAAAAAAAAAAAAGACAGGAAUGAAGUGAGAAAUAGAAACUGUUACAUGUGCAUCCGCUCUUUGCGUCGUUAUGAAGCUACUGAAUUCUAAACCUCUGUGAUUUUAAAAAGCAUGAGUCGUCGCCGUUUUAAUGAAGGAUCUUGUUAUGAAGCCGUUACUCCUCCCUUUUUUAUUUCGAAGCCAAAUUUAGAUCGUCCCGACACCCCGUUCUGUUCUGUGCCAACUUGUUCCAUUGUACUGUCGAAGGCUGCAUAUCGUUUGUUCUGUCCUCACCCUUUGUAAAUCCACUGUCUUUUUGUAUUGUUUUCAUUUUAGUUUCGCUCCAUUUUUAUGACUCCCCAUCACAAUAAAAUAUAAGACUGCA